AUGAGGAAAGGCAUUGCGAGUGACCAAACUGAUCUUUUCAAAGGCACUUCGGGGGGUGCAGGCUUCUGGAAUCGGCCGUGCAAGCAUUUGACGCGAUCGAUAAAGCACGCCGAGGUCUCUGCAAACAAGUUCAGCGUCAUCUUCUUUUUGUUGGCUGUGUCCCCAAUAAAUGUGAAUGAUCUUUAUGCUGACACACUAAAGCCACUUGAAGAUACUAUGUUAAAAGAGCCUCUGACGAAUCUCCGCAGACGAAGAGUUGCGUUGAGCGUAUUCUCUCCUGUACGUUCUCCCAGCUUGUUGCGACUCUACGAGUUGGUGAACGGAUCGUCACCGUCCUUGUUUUGUGACCGCCGAUGGCAAACAGUAGCCUUGUCAGUCCAGUUGCUGAAUUCUGACUCUCCCGAGCGACGUAUCGUUGGACCUCUUGCGGCGGAUUCUCACGCCCAAGCUGAAGCAGAACUUGUGCUAAUGGAACAACAGCAGAAGCAUAUGCACCCAACAACAAGAGUGCAGCAGGCCGCCGGCCGCCCCCACACGAAUCGCCCACGGGCACUACGAUCCUAG